AAAGACAUUUUUUCAAAAAUCAUGAUGUUCAAAGUCUUCGUUCUCGUUGCCUGUUUGGCCGUCAUCGUUGCUGCCGUUGACGAUCAUCACACCGAUCCUAAGUAUAAAUUCGAGUACGGUGUUAAGGAUGGACAUACCAAGGACCACAAGAGCCAGUGGGAAUCUCGCGAUGGGCAUGCCGUGAAGGGACAGUACACUCUGGACGAAGCCGAUGGAACCCAUCGUGUUGUUGAUUAUACCUCGGACCAUAAGGCUGGAUUCCAGGCUCAUGUUCAGCGCGAAGGACACGGCAAGCACCCACACGGAGAAAGCUAUGCCAACAUUGAUCAGAAGCACUGA